AAUAUCUGAGAGUACACUUGGAGGAAUCAUCAAGGAGCAGUGACCGGUUUAUUAAGCUGUGUCUGAUUCAUAGCAGAGAGUGGACAGAGUAACAUCAGCCUCGGGCAGCUUACUCACCAGAGCUGUCGUUGUUAACAACAAAACAAGAAGGAGGCAGAUAAACAAAGCAGCUGCAUUCAACAGAUUUGAAUUGAGACGGAUCUAACUGGAGUGGACUACAGUCGACUUAUAAUUGUGGAAUGAUGGCUUCUCACAAGCGGAUCCUGAGCGCCCUUGGAAACGGCCCUGCCCGAAGAAACCUGUUCGGCCCAGUCGACAGAGAGCAGCUGCAGGCGGAGUACCAGGCCGCCCUGAGGAAAGACCUGGACGAGGCUUCCCAGCGGUGGAGCUUCGAUUUCAUCUCGGACAAGCCUCUGGAGAGCGGUGACUUCCAGUGGGAAGGCGUCUCGGGCACCAAGGUGCCGCUGCUCUACAGAUCCUGCAUGCAUGGCCUGGGACAAGCAGCGGCCCAGAGGGUGGCAGAGGCAGCGGUGAAGCCCAAGGCAGGAGGAAGGGUGGGGUCACUACAGAAGGAGAAGGAGAACAUUCCACUGUCGCCAGAGAGAUGUUCGUUCAACCUGGAGAACCUGGAGAAGACGCCAGAGAAGAGAGAGAACACGGGGCUGAAGAGGAAGCAGACUAACAUUACAGAUUUCUAUCAGGCUAAAAGAAGAGUAGUUGGGAUGCCACGCAAAUCCGGCGAGUGAUUUUCAGCGCAGUUUCCUGCAAAGGUGCCAAUAUCUCCAGUGAACCACACAAACAGUGCAACACUCAGGAAGUCUAAACUCUGCACGGACUCUGCACGGUCACUCAGCAGAUUCACCUGACAACAGAAGGGACCUCACAUCAUUAUAAUGUAUAAGGUUAAUUAGGGUACUGUAUUCACUCAGAGGGCGGGGGGUGGGGGUUUCCCAGUGGUAAGAAGGGGACAUUUGAGCAGAGAAGAUUACCAUUAAUCUCUGGAAUCAGUGGAUUUAUACUCAUUUGGUUCAUGGGAGAUGCCAAAGUGUUGACAGACAUUUCCUACUGCACAUUCCACCGAACUUGAAACACAGUCACGUCUCUGCUUUGUAGAGACUCUGCCUCCAGCAGUGCGGACACAUGACAGAUGAACACAUUACUGUAUACACUUGAAACAGAUGUCACAUGGGUGUAAUCAUUGAGGAGUGGCUCUGACAAAUCUGCAGGAUGAUUGAUAAUGGGUGAAGCCCUCUGGCUCCUUUGUUCAAUUCCACUAUUGUUUUUUUUACCAUGUUUUUUCUAUGUGAAUCACGAGGGCUAGGAGUCAUUGUUUUGUGUUUUAUACUUUAUAUAUCCGGACAUACAGUCUGUUUUUUUUCUACCAUCAUGUACUCAUAGGAAUAUGCUUGAAGAGUUUUGAUAUCUUGUACACGCAGUCGCUUUGCUUUAGAUUUUAAAUGACAGAAGUGCCAUCAUGUCCUCUUCCAUUCCUUCCGUCUGCUGUAUGUCGAUUUAUUUUCAAAGCAGAUCUCCACUAAUGCCCUGUCCGGACUCUGACAUGUGUACAACACCAGGUGUUGUAGGUUAGGAGUGUAGCACCAUGUCCUUUGAACACUUAAAAACACUUAUAUUUAGGUUUAUGUUUAUAUAUAUAUAUCAGAGGUUUAUGUAUAGAGUUUAAUACAGCAUUGUUCAGUAGCACAUUUAAUUAAUUAAAAAACACUGCAGUAUUGCACAUACAUCUGACAGGUGCUGCAUCCAAAGCACCCAGCAUCAAGUGCCUUUACGGUAUUUGUUUCGGACUUUGAAGCUCCAUAAAGGACAAUCAAAAGAAAGUGUUCUCAAAAGCUAAUGUGUUAUUUACUAAGCUAAAGUGCUUUAUUCUUUUGUGUUUGGACGCACAGUGCAAUUAUCACAGACAAUGUGUCAUUAUCUGCCUCCAAAUGUUUGUUCUUGACACUUAUUAAUGUCUAUGUUGGCAAAUCCUGCUGCUACGGUUAAUCUGAAAGGGUGUCAAACAAGGUCACUGUAAUGCUAAUCCCUACCAACUGACAGCUUAGAAAUGUUCGCUGCUGCAAAUACGAAGCUAAGCAAAUCACAGCAUUACCCCCCAAAACAAUGAAUGCACUUCUGUUUGUAGACGCUUGUGCACAAGUCCUACAUAUUGUUUUAUGUUAAAAGCUACAGAUGAAAAGAUCUAUCCUUAUUUAUUGCCAGAUGCUACGCCUUGUGUUAAUUUAGUUUUUGUUUAAUUAUUAUGAGAAUUACAAAUUCCAAUAAAAUGUUCAA